GCGCGUCCGUCAAGGAAAUGUGUCCGGGUUGAAACUCCAAAACAUGUGGGAAACGACAUUAGAAAAUUAGAAUACGAAGAAAUAAAUAAAAUGCAGGAAAUAUUAUAGUUCAGGGCAUAAGUGGUUGUAGUAGCUUAUGUCUUGCAUGUUGAAGGCUGCUGGUGAUCAGCAUUUAAAAAAAGAGUCGAGAAAGAGAUUUUUAAUCCAGCACCGUUUUAAAAGAAGGAUAUGAGUCUGUUACCCAGAACAGCCGAGGAGUUCAGCUCUGCAGAUUACUGGGAACGAUUUUUCCGCAAAAGGGGAGAGAAAGCUUUUGAGUGGUAUGGAGACUACAACUCGCUGUGUGGCGUGCUGCACAAAUACAUUAAACCCCGUGAGAAGGUUUUAGUGGUGGGCUGUGGGAACUCGGAGCUAAGUGAACAGCUUUACGAUGUCGGCUACCGCCACUUAACCAACAUCGAUAUCAGCGAGACAGUUGUUGCUCACAUGAACCAGCGAAACGUGCAGCGCCGUCCCGACCUCACCUUCCAUCAGGUAGAUGCCACUCAGACAGGUUAUGAAAGCGGAAGCUUCCAGGCUGCUCUGGACAAGGGAACUCUAGAUGCCAUGGCCUCGGAGGAGGAGGGCGUCGUGGCGAGCAAAAUGCUGGCUGAGGUGGGAAGAGUUCUGGCUGUGGGCGGCCGCUACGUCUGUGUGACUCUCGCCCAGGAGCAUGUGAUAAAGCUGGCAGUGGAGCAUUUUGCUGAAGCUGGCUUUGCCAUACGUAUCCACUGCCUGAGCCAGCAGAACCCGGACUUGGAUUCCUCCUCAUUUGCUCUUCCUGUAUUCAUCCUCGUCUGCACCAAGUUCCGCCAGCCACCUCCAUUCAAAGUGCUGGAGAUGUGCCAGGGGGAGGACGGUGCCCCGUGUAGACUGGUGUCGGUUCCUGAGCUAUUAGCCGCAGUAAAGGAACGGCAGGCGUAUGCACUCAUGCUCCAGAAGCUGAGGGGUGCCACAGACACUGCUAGCACACCCUCCCUCACACUGUGCCACGCAGCCACGGGCCGUCCCCGAUACACACUCACGGUGCAGGACAGUCCACCUUCUGCCAAAGUACCUCGUACCAACCACUUUGCUAUCUUUAUUGUUCCUCAGGGUCGAGAAUCCGAUUGGUUGUACGGUUCUGCCGAGGGUCGCACUCAGCUAGCCGCCAGCGCAAACUUCCGCCGAUUGAUCAUUGUUGCAAUGCAUCGAGACCAGGAAUAUAAAGACAUGCAAGCAGUCCAGUCUGAGCUCUCUCCCAUGGUGAUGGAGCUGGCUCCUCCUGGAAUGCCAGCCAAUCAGCAGGUGCCGUUCUUGUCUGUAGGAGGUGACCUGGGCUGGAGAGAGGUGGUGGGCCGAGGCAUCAGUGACCUAACAGGCGAGUAUUCUGUUGAAGAUGUCCGAGGAGAGGAUGGUCAUGUCUACCGUAGAUUAAUCUUCAUGAACAACACUCAGCUGGUGCAGUCCGAAAGCCGCCUGAGAUCCACAGCUACAACUGGUUCUGCUCAGAAAAAGAAGAGCAAGAAGAAAUCAAAACCCCCUGCUGCUGAAACUCCAGCUUCAGCUAACAAAAAUCACAUUGUAGACCGAGGAUUUCUCUGUUGUACUCAUCACGAGGUCAUGAUCGCAGGCUUUGCCAUGCUAGGAAAGGAGGCCGUCAGUAAUAAAGAUGGCCAGGUAUCAGUGUUAGUGGUGGGGCUGGGCGGUGGAGGCCUGCCCCAGUUCAUACGGGACUUUGUGCCUGGUGUGCGGGUGGAGGUUGUGGAACUCGACCCGGCCGUACUGGAGGUAGCAAAGACCUGGUUUGGGUUCCAGACUGAUGACAGACUGAAGGUAAUCCUGGGAGAUGGUCUAGAAUACAUCAGCAUGCUAGAGAGCAAGGGGGGACAUUCCUAUGAUGUCAUCAUGUUCGAUGUUGACAGCAAGGACCGCUCCCUGGGCAUGAGCUGCCCUCCUCCUGCUUUUGUAGAAACAUCCCUAUUGGAGAAAGUCUGCAAGUUGUUAACUCCUCGAGGAGUGUUUAUGUUAAACUUGGUGUGUCGUGACUCAGCUCUGAGGCAGUCAGUGUUGGAGCGUUUGCAGGCCGUGUUCCUGAGUGUGCUCUCUCGCCCUAUUGAGGGUGAAGUGAACGAGGUGCUGCUGUGUUCCCGGGGUGGAAGUGAACGAGACAAACCAAACACCAUCCCACAGGAGCUACAGCAGGCUGCCAAAACCCUCCAGGGGACGCUGCAGAGGCACAGUCAGAAUGCUCCCUUUAACCCUCAGAUAGACAUUACUGCAAUGCUGAAGGACCUGCGAGUAGCUUGAACUGAAAACUGAAAUCAGCUUGCUUUAAAACCAAAAGCAGAUGAUUUUUGAUUGUCAAAACUACAUCAUUAUCAACAACCGUGAUUCUUUGUUUUGUUUUGUGCCUGAUUUUCUUCCAUUCUUAUAAGUGCAGUUUGAAAUGUUUAAUUUAACAUAAGACCUAUAAUAAUCAUAUAUCAUCAAAUAUAUCUUAUAAAACUUAUAAAAUGUUGCAAUGCAUUGAACCUGGGUAAUUUCAGGCUUCUGUUUACAUUUUUCUUGUCCAGAAAUGAGCUCUCUACCAGAUAGAACAUCUGCUCACCACCUACCCCUUUUUCUUUAAAAGGAAAUUCAUGAAUCAUUUGCUGUUUCGGAGUGGAUGGGUCAGUUGGGAAGAAGGAUUUUCAUUGCAAUUUUGAUCUAAACAUUUUUUUUUACUGUCAAACUACACCUCAAGACUGUCAUGAUCAUUAGACACGGUGUGAUGAUGGUAAAAACUAAGCUUUUAUCUUUUUUGCUCAUCUGGGAAGUAAACACAGGUCACAUGGCCGACUACAGUACUACAUUUACAGCAAUUAGCAGAUGCCCUUAUCCAGAGCAUCUUACAGAAGUGCUUUGUACAACACUACAGCUGAAAAAUGGCAUCCAGCUGACCUAAUGGGGAAAAAGUGGUGAGGGGCAGUAGUGGCAUAGCAGCUAGGGCUUUAGAUUAAAAUUCGAAUGGUUAUGAGUUUGAAUCCUGGAAGCCGUCUCUGUUGGGUCCUUGAACAAAAUCCUCAUCUGCUUAGCUCAAUUUUACAUAGUUUUUGGAUAAAAGCAUCUGUUAAAUGAGUAAAUGUAAAUGAAAAGUGGUAUAAAAAGUGGUACAAUAACGCAAGUCUGGACUUUUACACAAUCACAUAUAAAGUUUCUGUUUAAAGUACUAAUUUCUAUUGAGUUUAAUAUGAGGUAAUGAUAAUUCUGUCAAUUUUACAUAAACCGGCAUAAAUAGAAUGUAGUACCACUUUAAUAGGAACACAUGUACACCUGCUCAUUUAGGCAGUUAUCUAAUCAACCAAUCAUGUAGCAGCAGCACAAUGCAUAAAAUCAUGCAAGUACAGGUCAAGAGCUUCAGUUAAUGUUCAUAUCAAACAUCAGAAUAACGAAAAAGUGUGAUCUCAGUGACUUACCGUGGCAUGGCUGUUGGUGCCAGAUGGGCUGGUUUGAGUAUUUCAGAAACUGCUGAUCUCCUGGGAAUUUCACAUACAACAGUCUCUAGAGUUUACAGAGAAUGGUGUAAAAAACAAAAAAACAUUGAGUGAGCAACAGUUCUGUGCGUGGAAGUACCUUGUUGAUAAGAGAGGUCAGAGAAAAAAUAUAUGAUUCAUUAUUUGGUGAUCUGUCACACCUGAUGCAGCCCAUCAAGGGCCACAAGGCUUAAACAUUUAAAGAAAUCAAAGGGAAAAGCUCCCAUACUAACUUCCUUUAUCUAUUUGUUUAAUUCUAGCUGAUUUCUUAACCAAUGAUUUGUUGUUAAGACCAUUAAAAGCUUAAUAUUUUUGCCAUUUUGGGCUUGGCCCAUUUUUUUCCCCAGGAAUGUAUGCACAAUGGAUAUAAAAUGUUAAAAUGGC